AUGUUAGAUAAUGGAUCAACAACAGGGACCCCUCAUCAGCAGUCAUCCCAGGUGUCUUACCAAGCACUGACGGACACUAGGGUGAACAAUGCACGACAAGCGUUUGAAGAUAUGAAUCCAGCAGCUAGUCGUAAUGCUCAUGAGAUGUUCACAUCUGAGAUGUCGGACGAGCUGUUGGCUAAAAUGGCCGACCACAACGAGCCAACAGCAUCGGGUAAUCGCUAUGUCAAGCCCAUGGUCUUUGGAGGACUCGAUGGAAUAAGUACAAUGUUUGCUCUCAUCGCUGGCUCUGUUGGAGCCCAGCUCACUCUGGCCCACAUGGUUGCUGUAGGCGUAGGUAACCUGGUUGCUGGGGCAUUUGGAAUGGGCUUUGGCGAGUAUGUAUCGGCUAAAGCCGAAACUGAUGUUGCUGUGAAGGAACAGAAUAGAGAGCAAUGGGAGGUCGAGAACUAUCCUGAGGGGGAGAUAUCUGAGAUGGUACAGCUGUAUCGUACGCGUGGUAUAAGCAAGGAUGAUGCCAUCACAGUGGCUACGACAUUAUCUAAAUACAAGGAGUUUUGGAUAGAGCACAUGAUGCUCACUGAACUAGGGUUGUUCCCGGUAGACGCUGAAGACAGUGCUGCAGCAUCAGGAUUCGCCAUGUUUUGCUCAUUUAUGAUUUUCGGUUCGGUCCCCCUCCUGUCUUAUCUCCUCCUUAUAAUGUUGAUAAAGGAUUUGCCAGUAGCCGGCGCGUUUGCGGGUACCGUAUGCACGAGUCUGCUGACACUGUUCGUUCUUGGAGUGGUUAAAUCCAAAGUAGUUAGUCAGAAUCCCCUCAAAGGUGGCAUGUACAUGCUACUGCAGGGUGCUCUCAGUGCCGCCGCUAGUUACUGGUUGGGCGACCUCAUUCAGAGAGCCUUGGAUGCGGCUGGUGUGCACUGAUGUAGCCGUAGGUGCUGUCACGGACCGUUGCUGCCCGAUAAGCAACAUAUGACGGUCUCGUCUGUGUAUCUCCUCUAGUAUUAUUGUUGAUGCCAGUCGAGGCUUUAACGGGGCUACAGCAUCAUCACAUUUUCCGCGCUGCCGAUUUUUUACGUAGGCUGAGGCCAGUUCAGUAGACAUUAACACGCCGUACAAUCAUUGCAUUCUCGAUCGAUUUUACUAUAGGAGGAUUACGAGGCCCACGGCGCAUAUGUUAACCACAUACUACUCAACAACUACUCCAAGGUUAAGCGUACGGUCUCGGAC